CGCUUGACCUCACACCGGUCAAGUAUAGCGAUAAGCUGAUGAACAGCAUCUGGGGCCUCUACAAUCGCUAUUCACCGCACAACUUCAAGAAGAACAACGGUUCCAGCGAGCAGUACUUUGGCAUGCAACAGCCAUUUGCUGUUGCAUGCGCCGCUUCAGAGCCAUCGAAUUCUGAAGCCAAGUACGGCCCAAACAAGAAGUGAGGAGGUGCUUUUUGGGAGCCGUUAGUUCGUUAGUUGGAACUAGAAUGUAGUGAUAUAUAGAUGUGGUAUCCACCGUGAUAUGUUUGUUUGGCGUAGGGUUUCAAAAUUUAUGACUUUUUUUUAUAAUUAUACGAGAACAAAGAAUCUAAUAAAGUAUAUGAUAAUAUGCUCAUAGAUAGGAACACA